CAACACAUAGACGGAGGCCAAGCUAUAUCCAAGCUCGGGAAUUACAGCUAUAAAGCGACAACUCGAGUUCGAAACAUUAUAAUAGACACAUCGAUGUGCUGCGCGUGUGUCAUAAGCGGGCAAAAGUUAAAAUCAUCAUCAUAAUCGUAUAGUCAGUCAUUCGUCGCAGAGCAGAGGGCUAUAUACAUACACACAUCUAUAUACCCCAAACAAAGCGAGCGAGAAAAAUAAAGACAGAGAGAGAGAGAGAGGCGCAGUCGGUUCAGCAGUCGUCGAGUGUGCUCUAUAGUGCGAGUGUUGUUAGUUUCUGGUUGUCUGCAGCAGUCUGCUAUCGUCUUUCGACGUUAUUACACAUACACAAACGCACGCAUAUAUCGAGUGAGAGAAUUCGCGAAGAACGAAAAAAGCAGUCGGUCGUGCACCACAGCGGAGCACAGACACACGCGUUUUAUUAUUAUUAUCAUCGUAUACGCACAGGCAGGAGUCCAAGAACAAAAGCUUGCUCUGCUCUGCUCUCUGCGGGUGUUGUUGUUUUUGAGAGUGUGUGCGCGUGUUGUUGUUGCAUUGUGUGAGAGCUGAUCCUCCCGUGUGUGCAGCGUUCGUGACGCACGUCUAUCUUUUCUCUUCGAAAGAACGAACAAAUAGUAAACAGUAGUUGCAAUCAUGAAGUUCCAAUACAAAGAGGAGCAUCCCUUCGAGAAGAGGAAAGCCGAGGGCGAGAAGAUACGCAGAAAGUAUCCCGACCGAGUGCCCGUUAUCGUCGAGAAGGCACCGAAGGCCAAAAUCAGCGACCUGGACAAACAAAAGUACUUGGUACCGUCCGACCUGACCGUCGGUCAGUUCUACUUUCUCAUUCGCAAGCGCAUCCACCUGCGCCCCGAGGACGCGCUCUUCUUCUUCGUCAACAACAUCAUUCCGCCCACCAGCGCGACGAUGGGCUCGCUCUAUCAGGAACACCACGAAGAGGACUUCUUCUUGUACAUUGCAUACAGCGACGAGAAUGUUUACGGACGUUAAAUCAAAGUGAAAGAAGAAAGAAAAAAUUCAUUUUAAAUGUAUAACAAAUCCUCUACACUUAUAUUCCACGAAAAUGAUGAUGUUUUUUGCGAUAAGAUUCAACGAUUGAUAAAAACAAUUGUUACAACAGAAAAGUAAAAAAAAAAAAA